AUGGCGGAAGUUGGGCAGUUCGAAACAGAGCAGGUAGCCCACCAGUUUAUUUUUUAGCAAUAAUACAUACAUUUUGCUAGGCAUUUUGUUAUGAAAAAAAUGCGUUCAUUACACAAUGCUAACUUAUCUCUCUUAUACAACAGGACAUUGAGAAGAAGAUUUUGGAGACGAGACAGAAGUUCAAGAAUGAGUACAUCCAAGGACAAGGUAAGUUCAUGCUAACAGGCUAGUUAGGUAGCAAAAUAACAUUUUCAACAACAUCCCCAUAAUCUAGCUAGUUAGCUACUGUAACAGCUAGCUAGCUGUUAGCUAAAAGCCAGAUAUCAUGGGCUGUUCGUUUUGAGUCCAUCCACCUAGCUAUUUUUACUUAGUUAGCGCAACAAAGUAUCAUCCUCAUAGCUACCAGUCAGUUGUCUGACAUAUUGUUCUGAUACAUUAAUGAAUGGAUGAAAAAGUAUUAUUAGUUUGCCUUCUGGCAGUGACAUGACAUAUUUCUGUUCACACCAUGAUUAUGAUCUAAACUACGUUUUUUUGUAAUAGAAAAGCCUGUUAUUUUGAGUAGCCUACUUGGUGUAGACUUUAAAGCCAUACUAAAUGCCUUUCACUUCCCUGAUAAGCAUUGUUGAGAGACCAAUCCAUCUUUGAAAGAACACUUGUUUCCUAAACAAUCUUUAUAUUGGUAGCUACAUGUCAGCAUUUUCCUAAAUGAGGUAGCUGAAGGCAGCCUUGUUUUGUAAAUGGGGCUAAAUGCUGUCUUCACACUAUGGUUGGGUCUUGUCGUAAAAGGUUAGAAGCAACAAACUCAUAGGUGCUGUAAGUGUUGUUGUUGUACACAAUCAGUCAAAAGUUUGGACACGAACUCAUUCAAGGGUUUCUCUUUAGUUUUACAAUUUUUUACAUUGUAGAAUAAUAGUGAAGACAUCAAAACUAUGAAAUAACACAUAUGGAAUCAUGUAGUAACCAAAAAAGUGUUAAACACAUCAAAAUACAUUUUAUAUUUGAGAUUCUUCAAAUAGCCACCCUUUGCCUUGACAGCUUUGCACACUCUUGGCAUUCUCUCAACCAGCUUCAUGAGGUAGUCACCUGGAAUGCAUUUCAAUUAACAGGUGUGCCGCCUUAAAAGUUAAUUUGUGGAAUUUCUUUCCUUCUUAAUGCGUUUGAGGCAAUCAGUUAUGUUGUGACAAGGUAGGGGGGGUAUACAGAAGAUAUCCCUAUUUGGUAAAAUACCAAGUCCAUAUUAUGGCAAGAACAGCUCAAAUAAGCAAAGAGAAACGACAGUCCAUCAUUACUUUAUGACAUGAAGGUCAGUCAAUACGGAACAUUUCAAGAACUUUGAAAGUUUCUUCAAGUGCAGUCGCAAAAACCAUCAAGCGCUAUGAUGAAACUGGCUCUCAUGAGGACCACCACAGGAAUGGAAGACCCAGAGUUACCUCUGCUGCAGAGGAUAAGUUCAUUAGAGUUACCAGCCUCAGAAAUUGCAGCCCAAAUAAAUACUUCAGAGUUCAAGUCACAGACACAUCUCAACAUCAACUGUUCAGAGGGGACUGUGUGAAUCAGGCCUUCAUGGUCGAAUUGCUGCAAAGAAAGAGACCUGCUUGGGCCAAGAAACACGAGCAAUGGACAUUAGACCGGUGGAAAUUUGUCCUUUGGUCUGGAGUCCAAAUUGGAGAUUUUUGGUCUUUUUGAGACGCGGUGUGGGUGAACGGAUGAUCUCCGCAUGUGUAGUUCCCACCGUAAAGCAUGGAGGAGGACGUGUUAUGGUGUGGGGUGCUUUGCUGGUGACACUGUCUGUGAUUUAUUUAGAAUUUAAGGCACACUUAACCAGCAUGGCUACCACAGCAUUCUGCAGCGAUACGCCAUCCCAUCUGGUUUUGGCUUAGUGGGACUAUCAUUUGUUUUUCAACAGGACAAUGACCCAACACACCUCCAGGCUGUGUAAGGGCUAUUUGACUAAGAAGGAGAGUGAUGGAGUUCUGCAUCAGAUGACCUUGCCUCCACAAUCCUCCGACUUCAACCCAAUUGAGAUGGUUUGGGAUGAGUCGGAUGGCAGAGUGAAGGAAAAGCAGCCAACAAGUGCUAAACAUAUGUGGGAACUCCUUCAAGACUGUUGGAAAAUCAUUCCAGGUGAAGCUGGUUGAGAGAAUGCCAAGAGUGUGCAAAGCUGUCAUCAAGGCAAAGGGUGGCUAUUUGAAGAAUCUCAAAUAUAAAAUAUAUUUUGAUUUGUUUAACACUUUUUUGGUUACUACAUGAUUCCAUAUGUGUUAUUUCAUAGUUUUGAUUUCUUCACUAUUAUUCUACAAUGUAGAAAAUAGUCAAAAUAAAGAAAAACCCUUGAAUGAGUAGGUUUGUCCAAAUCUUUGACUGGUAGUGUAGGUCAGACGUUGGAGUAGGUAUUCAGUUUCAUGUGAGUGAUGUAAGUUGUUUACUUCUCUAUCCCUCACAGAAUCAGACAAAUAUGACUCCAGAGAUGUGGACAGGCUACAAAAGGAUGAUGCUCUGGUGGAGGCAUACCUGACAUGGCGACUAUACUCUGUGGACGAUGCCCUGAAGAUGAUUGAUGACAGUUUCCUGUGGAGGAAAGAGUUUGGUUUGAAUGGUGAGCAGUCUGGGCACAUAUUUAACCUCUCGUAAAACUGCACUGCACGUGCACAUGUUUUCAGAAAAUGAAGAAGUUGUCAGUGUCGGUCAUCAAUGAAUCACCCUUGAUUCCGCUGUUUUUUAUCUAUGCAUAGUCACUUUACCCCUACCUACAUGUACAAAUUACCUCGACUAACCUGUACCUCCGCACAUUGACUCUGUACCGGUACCCCCUGUAUAUAGCCUCACUAUUAUUAUUUUAUUGUGUAACUUUUUUAAAUAUUUACUUUAGUUGUUUUAGUAAAUAUUUUCUUAACUCUAUUUUCUUAACUGCAUUGUUGGUUAAGGGCUUGUAAGUAAGCAUUUCAAGGUAAGGUCUACUACACCUGUUGUAUUCGGCGCAUGUGACAAAUAGAGUAGAUAAAUCAAAUCAUAUUUUAUCUGAGAAGCCUGUGGUUGUAUUUGUACCCUACAACAUCUGACUUUGGCCUUGUUUAGGUUUGAGUGUAGAAAACAGGAACAGCACACAUUCUCACUCCCUGCUAAACUAGUAUCCUAACUGUAUUCAAAUACAGGCAAGUUAUACAGAGCAGUUUAAUUUGGGCCUAUCAGUAUCACCACACUGUGGGAGGAUGAAUCAGUAGCUGUCUUUGUGUGCCAAUGUGGGAUAGAUUCUUGGCCUUCUCUCAGAUAAAGGCUUAUUGUGUGCUGUGUGGCAAUAUCUCCAUCCGUUCCGCACGGAGACAAUCCUCUAUUUUUCUUAAGUUUCACUUUUAAAUUGCUGCAUUUUACUCAUGCAAAUACAGACAACAUUCAGUUUGUUAAAUCGGUGUCAUGCAGAAAUUAGAUUUACGAACAUUAUCUCUUCCAAUUGCCAAAGUUCUGAUAUCGACAAUGACUUAAUGUCACUUGUUGACAAGUUUUGUCUGUCUUGUAUGGAGGAGAGGAUUUAGGAAUACUUUGGUUUUUAAGAUAAAUAUUUUGUCCAGUAAUUGUUCCUGUUAUGAAAUGUUCUUAUUGAAUGCUGUUUUAGAUUGUUGGCUGUGAAUGUUUUGUCUUGUUUCAGACCUCACUGAGAGCAGCAUUCCAAAGUGGAUGUUUGAGACGGGGGCUGUCUUCCUCCACGGCUAUGACAAGGAAGGCAACAAGCUCUGUAUGUUGAUUAAUGAUGCUCAUACUGCACCAUAUGUGUAAUUGAUUUGACUCUAAUAAUUACUCACCGACACAAUAUUAUUACCCCUUACAAAAGGAUACCAAAAAUGGUAAGCCUUUGUUCUAUAAUAUGUUUAACACAUAUGUUGAGGUUAUUGAAUGCAAUACUUUUGUCUGUGUUUUCAGUCUGGUUCAAAGUCAAGCUACAUACCAAGGAUGCAAAGACCAGCAUGGACAAGAAGAAGUAUGUUGCCUUCUGGCUGGAGCGCUAUGCUAAGAGAGAGCCAGGGAUGCCACUCACUGUUGUGUUCGACAUGGCUGAUUCAGGGAUCAGCAAUAUCGUAAGUGAACACUUACCUUUUUGAUUAACAUUGUAGUCUUUUCUUGUAUUUGUCAACUGCCCUUAUUAUUUGAUAGUGUUUGAAGAAUCACUGUAGUGUCAUCCAAGGCUACAGUAUGUCAAUAGCUCUGCUUUCAACCAAUGUCACUGUUGAUCCACAGAUUAAAGGAGAGCUUUAUUGGUUAAUUUCUGUCCUCCAUAAUUAAACAUGUUUUCCCCAUUUUCAAAAAGAAGUAGCCUACGUCUGUCUGUGUGUGGUUAUGAGUGUCAUUGAAGUCCUGUUGAGCAUCCUAAUUCUGCUUGCUGUUUGAGCCAGGAACUUGGAGGGAUUGGUGCUCUUCAAUGGUUUAACACAUUGGAGAUUAAAGUGACCUUUAAAUUAGUUUGGUCAAUCCAAGUCGGCUGACGGCCUAAUCCAUAGACUGACUUUGUCCAUUGGAGCCUCCCAGCAGGCACUCUCCUUUCUGUCAGCCAGCUCGCUUCACAGGCCAAACUCUCUCCUGGAGAAAUUACCCAGUUAAAUACACACACACACACACUUGCCAGAGAGAGGAUAAAUAACUUCACGAAACCCAAAUAUGAAAUUAGUAGAUCAGUUUGGGGAGCAGUCUUAAUGAAGUUUGCUGAAAUAGCCCACUGUGUGGGCUGGAACAGGCCUGGCCAGUGUUAUCUCUAAUUUUCUUUGGGAGUCUAGUGCAGUGGUUCCCAACCAGGGGUACCAGGGUACUUGGCCUAUCCACAGGGGGUACUUGAGAAGAAUCAUGAGACCAUAGGCCUACUGGUAAAAUGCACAUGAGGGGCUACUUCAGGGGUACUCUGGGCAGAGCAAAAUUCAGUAGGUGGUACAGUAACCAAAAAAGGUUGGGGACCAUUGGUCUAGUGCAGUGUUUCCCAACCCUGGUCCUCGAGUGCCCCCAACACUACACAUUUUUAUUGUAGCCCUGGACAAGCACACCUGUGUACUGUUGGGGGUACUCAAGGACCAGGGUUGGGAAACACUGGUCUAGUGCAUGGCAAUAAGUCUGUCUGUAGGGCAUGGGAUGUAGACAGGCUGAUAGGCUCCUCUUCCUAAGGGUCUGACUAGAUUGCUAGUACUGUUGUCUAAUGAUAAUAUGGCCAUUAUGGUAAUGAAAAACGUGUGCUACCUUUGACUGAGCAGGGCUCUACAGUGUGACCAUUAUACUUGCAUAUGCGCCUAAAUAUGUUGUUGUGCGACCUGGAAUUUUAAUUUAGGACCACUAGUGCACAUAGAAAAAUGAAGGAUUCUAGCUUUAAUAUCUCAUAUUUUUCAUUGUGCUCCUACAUUUCUUUGUGUGUGCCUGCAUUUUUCAACACAUGCUCCUUGUAAAAAAAGGUCAGCGUAGAGCCCUGCUGAGUAAAUUCUCAUGAAGGAGGCAUUUCAUGUUAGCUGUAAUCCAUUCAACUGACUGAAAAGUUUUAGAUACCAGUAGUCUUGUGUGUUUGUAUAAAGAUCCACCUCUGUCCUUGUUUCAGAGGCCUCAGGACAGAUAGCAUUGGGUUGUUUAGAGAACACAUUUGCACACACAAAAAGGACACUUUUGAGUUUCAAAGCUGUCUGUAGUUAACUCAGCCAAGGCUUGAUACUGUAUGUAGAGCGAGUUUAUGCAACCUUUUAUGAAGAUCAAGGUUACGCAAUCAUAAAGUAAACAACCAGACUGUGCAACGUUUCAGCAAAUACUGUGAAUGGAUUACAGUUAAUAAUACAAUCUGAGCAAUGCAAGAGUAGGCUAGCCUUAGUUGUGGUGUUGCAUGGGCACUGUAUCUUACGAUUUCCCCUGAAAUAUAGUGAAUAUGAUUGAGGUGAGGGAAGGUGUUUGAAAGUAUGAAAUGUAUUGACUACAGGUUUGUUCAGUUUUGUGACAAAGUUUAAAUGGUUAUGAAUUGGGUCUUUGCAGAUCUAGCUUGAGGCAGUAAAUAUCUCCCGCUGAGCAAACGGGUUCCCUAUAGAAAGGCCAUAAAACGUCUUUGAGGCUGUAUAGUAUUGUUCUUUCUGAGUACUUAUACUCUUUCUUUUUCAGGACAUGGAUUUUGUGAAGUAUAUCAUUAAUUGCUUCAAAGUGUAUUAUCCAAAGUUUCUAUGUAAGUAUAUUUAACAUUUUAGUCAUUUAGCAGACGCUCUUAUCCAGAUCAACUUACAGUUAGUGAGUGCAUACAUUAUUAUUAUUUUAUUUUUUUAAUUCUGGCCCCCCGUGGGAAUCGAACCCACAACCCUGGCGUUGCAAACGCCAUGCUCUACCAACUGAGCUACAUCCCUGCCGGCCAUUCCCUCCCCUACCCUGGACGACGCUGGGCCAAUUGUGCGCCGCCCCAUGGGUCUCCCGGUCGCGGCCGGCUACGACAGAGCCUGGAUUUGAACCAGGAUCUCUAGUGGCACAGCUAGCUAGUGCCUUAGACCACUGCGCCACUCGGGAUAUAUAAAACGUGAAACAAUAUGGAGUUCAUUCACAGGUUGAUUGAUAAACGUUGUAUGACACAUAUAUAUAAUUGGUCCUAUUAUUGACCCACAUCCUGUUUUUAAAAUGAGUUUUAUUAAAUGUAUUAUAAGAAACAAAAGUAUAUGGAAUGCCAUCAUAUGAUUCUGUGUUAUGGCCAAUGCUACAUUAGUAUAUCGAACUUUAGGAACACCUUCCUAAUAUUGAGUUGCACCCCUUCCCCUUUUGCCCUCAGAACAGCCUCAAUUCGUCGGGGCAUGGACUCUACAAUGUUUCGACAGCGUUCCACAGGGAUGCUGGCCCAUUUUGACUCCAAUGCUUCCCACAGUUGUGUCAAGUUGGCUGGAUGUUCUUUAGGUGGUGGACCAUUCUUGAUACACACAGGAAACUGUUGAGCGUGAAAAACCCAGCAGCGUUGCAGUUCUUGACACAAACCGGUGCGCCUGACACCUACUACCAUACCCCAUUGAAAGGCACUUAAAUAUUUUGUCUUGCCCAUUCCCCCUCUGAAUGGCACACAUACAAAAUAAUGGCUUACCAAGAAAAACUUCCAAAAGGACUAAUUUGAAGUAAAAAGUAGUUCGCACACAAACACAAUCCAUGUCUCAAUUGUCUCAAAGGUUAAAUAAGUGCUUUUAAGCCAUCUCCUCCCCUUCAUCUACACUGCUUGAAGUGCAUUUAACAAGUGACAUCAAUAAGGGAUCAUAGCUUUCACCUGGAUUCACCUGGUCAGUCUAUGUUAUGGGAAGAGCAGGUUCUUAAUGUUUUGUAUACUCAGUGUAGCUUGUCUUAUAUUUCACCCCUCAGUCAUGGUCUUGUCAUUUCAGCCAAAAUGAUCAUUGUCGACAUGCCGUGGAUCAUGAAUGGUAAGUUAUGUAGUUAUUAAAAUGAUUUGCUAUAGAAAUGUUAGUGCCCAUGAAGAACCAGUAUUUAUGAUAAUCUAAUCAUCGUAGUUUGGACAUCGUAGUUCAAAUCAGAGUGUAUUCAUCGCAUACACAAAUUUGCAGAUGUUAUCGCAGGUGCAGCGAAAUGCUGAUGUUUCUAGCUCCAACAGUGCAGUAAUAUCUAGCAAUAAAAUAACCAAAAAGAAAAUAACAAAUUACAAGUUCUGACAUGUUUUUGUUUUUUUUAGCUGCAUGGAAGAUUGUGAAGACAUGGUUGGGUCCAGAUGCCAUCAGCAAGCUCAAGUUUGCAUCUAAAAACGAGAUCCAGACAUUUAUUGGCCCUGAAUACCUUCCUCCUCACAUGGGUGGAACGGUAUGUACCCACAAUAUUCAACUCACUGAAGUUGGCAGUGACUCUAUCUACCUGGCUACAUACAUUUUCAUCUUACUAUCACUAUUUCUUACCUCAAUUUUCAUGAGAAAAUGUGACUAACCUGUGAUUAAUCAAUAUUUAUCACAAUUAUUUCGGAUGGUUGACUUAAACCAAUGAUUCCCACGUAACGCCAGCGCGUUUUGGACUUCUAACCCCUUUUAAACAUUGUGUGUUGGAUUGGUCUAUUUCUUCUGCAUCCGUAGAUACCAACCAUUAGUCUGUGUGAUUAACGGGCUGAGCUAGAGCGGUUUUUGUGAGACAAGGGCAGAUCCCGAAGGGGCCGUGUCUUUAAGCUGUAGUGUCUGAAUGGUUCGAUCUAUGAAAAGCUCAGAAUCUCAGGAACACGCAUAUGUAACAUGUUUUGCUCUAUGACGCUCGCCAGCUACACAAGAGUCAUUAGAAGGUAAGGGGUUCUUCUAAAUAGAAGAUCAUAGGAAAUCCCAGGACAUAAUGUCUAUAAUACUGCAAUAAGCUCACAUAGUUGCUGUCACAAACUCCAAACAGUGGUCACUGAUGAGUUGGAUAUUAAUUUCCCAGUGAGCAAACAAUUUCUGUACUUACAGCAUUCAUAUAAAUUCCUUUUUAUCAGGUUUUUGCUUCGGCAGACCUUAUUUAUUUAAUUGACAUUCAUUCAUGCAACUGUUUAUGUCAACUUGUUUUGUGUUCUACUUGUAGCCCUGGUUGUCCUGAAAAUAAAAUGGUUAAACGCUUCAUUGUGAGGCUAAAUAUAAGGGUUGGACAUAAAUAUAAGUCAGAUAAAUUAAAAGCCCAUUUUUGCUGGGGUCUCUGGACUGAUAGUAUUAAACCUAUCUCUGACUUCAUUCUAGGACCCCUUCAAAUACAGCUAUCCUCCCCUUCCUGACGAUGACUUCCAAACGCCCAUAUGUGAGAACGGACCAAUCGUCAGCGAGGAUGACAACGAGAACAAGGAGGGCGAAUCAGACAGCAAGGAGUUAGAAUCAAGCUUCAGCUCCGAUGUCGCUGUCAAGCCCAAAAAGGUACAAAACCUCCCCUUUUGUUUAUUUACCAACUCCUCCCUCUGAAUGUAGGUACAGUAAGGAAGACCGUAACAUAUAGAAACGCAUGAAAUAUUCAUGCUGUAGCUGCAUUUAAACUCGUACUCCGUCUUGAAUAGCCUACUACUUAUCCACUUGAUUUUCAGAAGUAAUACAUGACAGUCUGUUGUCAUGUUUCUAAUGUAGCCUUCCAUUAAAUCUGACGAUGGCUACUGCUAUUACUCAUUAACAGUAGAGUCAAUAUAGUUAGUAUCUGAAGUGAGCUGAGAAUGAUUACUGACAGUUUAACCCUGCCUUGGGCUCUCUUAGAAACAGCAGAUACUUUUUCUCUUCAUCAUUAGCCCUAAUUAACAUUAAACACACCCCGUUCACACUCGGCAGUCAAUUAAGACGUUAGAAGUUCAGUCAAGUUCCUCCUCACUUUGAUGUGCCGUUUUCCUUCCAGAUCCUUUCAUUUCUCAACGUUUAGUGUGAGAUUACAGCAUGUAAUCGGGGUCCUCUGUGGAGAGAGCUGUGAAUGGUUGAGGCAGUAUGCCCUGAUUUGGCAGCUGUUAAGCUCCUCCUCAUUGUCUCGGUCAAGGUGACUCCCCAUGUCUCCAGCUGAAGCUUAAUCCUUCCUGUCCACUGACUGUACCCACAUAACCACACAUCACAGUCCCACUCUCUGGGUCUCCUUCACAGUCUCCCUCACUCAACCCACGGCUCCUCUCAUCUCCUGAGCACUUCUCUGGCUACUGAGAAUGUGUCAAGCCUGACUGCCGUCACAGAAGCUCUUCCUAGCUGCGCUAGAGACUGUUUUUUCCCCCAUGCGUCGUUCAGCAUACCUGACUUCACAGGAGUGUUUAAAGCAGUUCCCAGAAUACUUCAUUUAUUUUGUGUUGCCACUAAUGAUUUUGGCUCAACCUUUUUGGAGGCUGGGGGAAUGAGAGAGAGAAACUUUGGGGUGAUGUGGUUUGUCAGAGGCUGUUAUUUGUGUGUGUGAUGGUCUCAGCUGGUUAGAUGGCAGCCCCACCGGCCUGGCCGGCCCCCGUGCAGCCUGCCACCAUCACAGAGACACCCUGCAGCUCUUGGCUUUAACACCUCUUCACAGACACCAUCUAGUGUUCUCUGCUGUUGUCAGGCUGCUGCACCCUAGCAACGGUCAGGGCAUCAUUGCCAACAAUGCAGCACAUAUUUAUUUAGCUCUCUCUCUCUGUCGGUCUGUCUCUGUUUCUCUGUCUCUCGCUCUCUCUCUCUUCAUGUAGCUAGGGGUCUUCAUUAUUUACAAACAGUGGAUAUUUGGCCUCUUUUCUUUGUGUGACACACAAAACAAACACACAUUGUAGUGUGGCUAAUAGAUCAAUAUCAGCCACGCUGGGUUUCGCUACGCUAGCUGUCUCUACUCUAGCUCUCUCUACGAUAGCUGUCGCUGCGCUAGCUGUGUAUCCUCAUUCCUGGCGGAGGGCUGUGUUGUCUCUACCGUGUCAGACUCGACAGGGAGGGUGUAUAAUUGUGCUGUGACUGCGCUGUGUCGAAGCAGACUCCUGCUGAGCCCUUAAGCCGUCUGGGUAACCUGCACCACUGUCAUAGCUCACAGGGGACUCUGUACACACACACACACACACACAAACUUGCGCUCCAGAGUGGCCCUGGCAGCUACACGUCACGAAGCUGCUCGCAUGAGCCUCUUAAGCCUCUUCAUGCACAACAGAUUUAGAUUUACAAAAUUGAGAUAUGCAAAUGAGGGGGAAUAAUUCACAUGCAACCCCUCUCCUUGGAAAGGCCUGCUGAUGGUAUUGAAACAUACAGGACAGACCUGGAGUCAUGCUGCACCCUCUGCUGCUGCCCUGGAGUGUAGCUAUGUAUUGAUGGUCAGGGAGGGUCAGCCUGCCUUGCGCAAUCCCAGAGGGACCGGUAUGGUUCAGGUUCAGCCUGAGUAGUUAUUUGACAUUAUCAGGGAAUGUCUUUUAGCUAGUAGGCCAACUAGCUAUUAUAUUUUAUAAACUGGGUGGUUCGAGCCCUGAAUGUUGAUUGGCUGACAGCUGUGGUAUAUCAGACCAUAUACCAUGGGUAUGACAAAAUAUUUAUUUUUACUGCAUUAAUUACAUUGGUAACAAGUUUAUAAUAGCAAUAAGGUACCUCUGGGGUUUGUGGUAUAUGGCCAAUAUACCACAGCUAAGGGCUGCGUCCAGGCACUCUGCAUUGCGUCGUAUACCACACCUCCUCGGCCUUAUUGCUUAAGCAUAGACUUGAUGAUAAAUCAGUUUGACAAACCAGAAUCUAAGCCUCAUCAAGUUUUUGUGUGGUUUUGUGUGUUGGCCUAUGUGCAAUUUAGUGGAUGAAUGUAUGUGAAUGGGUCCAUCAAUACACUUGAGCAAUGUUCCCUCUAACUUUUUUUCAGCACUGAGCAAAUUUCAGGUCUGCUGAGCGCAAACUUGAACGUUGUGAAAAUUCUGUGCAACUUCCAGCGCGUGUUUACUGUGAACACUGAGGCUGUACCCGCUUUAAGUUCGUUUUAAGUGGCCAAGUAGGCUACUUUGGCUAUUUGAUCAUAAUGUAGGCCUACCAUCAAAAACAAUGGAGAAAAAUGCGUCCCACAAAAUGUUUCCAUGGAAUUAGCAGUUAUAUCAUUAAACCUACAGUAGCAGCCAAUGUGUGGUGUUCAACGUAGGCCUAUAUUCCAUGAGACUUUGGGAAAAAAACAUGCAGAUCUUGACAUUAACCCGUUAAUCCACAUGUCCUUCAGACAAGGAUGGGCUAGUAACUCACUAACUAGCAAAGAAUAUGAACAAAUGUGCACACGUGGCUACAUGCAGCUCUCACUUUGAUUUUUUAAAAAGUGCAUUACUGAAGAUCGCUCAUACCGUAGCUGAUUUGUUAUGGCACACCGGUCUGUGUAGAGUACGGGCCUUAUCCGUGCCUGUCAAUGCAAUGGAAUCCUACUCCAAUGCGCUCUGCCUACAAGAAAUUCUCUUGCAUAGUUCAUUUUGUUUCGGUAUAUUACAUUGAUUUGAAAGUGGCUAAUAUUGCGUUGACUCGAUCACAUUUCCCACAGUAGAGCAAAACAUUGAUAGUGUUGACUAAAGGGGAAAACUCAAGAAAGGUGAGUGAAGUUCAAUCUCGUGCUUCUCUGUGCGGGUGAAUAUUUAUUCUGCGUGGCAGUCUGAGGGGAGCUGCACGCCGGCGCACGCGUGCAGCCUAGAGGGAACAUUGCAUGUGAGCACAAUGUGGUCUUUGGUGGCUCUGAUUUAACCAGUCCCUAAUGAUCUACCUAGGCUAUAGGCUAAUCUCUUGGCUUGCUGGCUUUAAAGGGAUACUUUGGGAUUCUGACAAUGAGGCCCUUUAUCUACCUCCCCAGAAUCAGAUGAACGUGUGAAUACCAUUUUUAUGUCUCUGUCCAGUAUGAAAGAAGUUAAAGUAGUUUCUCAAGUUAGCAUUGGCUCACGAAACUACCUCCAACUUCCUUCAUACUGGACACCGAGACAUAAAAAUGUUAACCACAAGUUCAUCUGAUUCUGGGGAGGUAGAUAAAGGGCCUCAUUGCCAAAAUCCCCUAGUUUCCCUUUAAGGUUAGGGUUCUAACACCAAUCAUGAUACCCAUUGUUUACAGCUUGUCUGUUUGCACACAUUCAAUCAUUAUCAUGUUCUGCUGCUCCUCUCUCUACAUUAACAUUGUCCUCCCUCCUGAAUCAAUACAUACAAUCUCUGAAGCUGGAGACACUUAUCUCCCUCACUAACUUUAAGCAUCAGUUGUCAGAGCACCUUACCGAUCACUGCACCUGUACACAGCCCAUCUGAAAUUAGCCCGCCCAACUACCUCAUCCCUAUAUUGUUAUUUAUUUUGCUCAUUUGUACCCCAGUAUCUCUAUUUGCACAUCAUCUCUUGCACAUCUAUCAUUCCAGUGUUAAUACUAAUUGUAAUUAUUUUGCACUAUAGCCUAUUUUAUUGCCUUACCUCCAUAACUCGCUAAAUUUGCACACACUGUAUAUAUAUGUAUUUCUGUUGUAUUUUUUUUGACUUUGUUUUGUUUUACCCCAUAUGUAACUCUGUGUUGUUGUUUUUAUCGCACUGCUUUGCUUUAUCUUGGCCAGGUCGCAGUUGUAAAUGAGAACUUGUUCUCAACUGGUUUACCUGGUUAAAUAAAGGUGGAAAAAAAAAAAAUGUGGCUCUCAACAGUGUGUUGAUACAGUAGCUUCCCAGAGCGGUCAGCUAAUUGCCUUUCUCUCUGUUUUGACCCAAGGGCUGGUUUUGGUAAGCCAUUGUAUGAUCUCAGCCACACCAGCAGCACUGAUUCCUGGAGAGUUCUGCAUUCUGAAAGGGCAGUCUGAGGGUUUUACUCAUGUACCAGCCCCGCCAUCUAAUCACCAUCAUGGACAUGUUCAGCCUUUGAUUGAAUCCAAAAUGGACCUUGAACAAACAUUUCAAAUAUGACCCCCACAAUGUGUUGCACUUAUCAGAAUGUGAUGAUUUUGAAGAGAUUUGUAGCCAAUGAAGUAGGCUAUCAGAUACAUAACUCACAAUACUCUAUCAUAAAAGAGGAAAAGUUUGCCACCUUGAUUCCCGUUCCAGUGACCAGCAUAAUAACAUGGUGAUAUUUUAUCCAACUUAAGUAUUUUACCUUACUUAAUAUAACAUUAGGGAAAUAAUGUUUUUGUAGAGAAAGGAAAGCAUGUGUGCCAAGUGUAUACAUGCCUAAAUGUAUUGUACUGAACUUUUAACCCAAAAGCAUAUUUUAUUCUAUCAUUACUGUUGUAUUCAUUUCAAAUGACCCUAUCUACUGUACUGUAACGAUGAAUGUACUAAUGUUUAUAAUACUAGGACAAGAGUAUUCUACUACCACCAGCAUGAAAUCCUUUGUUAUUUUUACCGCACUCAAUGUUAGCACAUUUGCACUGACACUGAAGUGAUACAAUGGAUGCUCAACUACCUUAUGCCAUAUUAUAACUGUAAUUGUAGGCGCUUCCUCUGUGUAUGGAUGCCUUUUCACACAACGAGAGAGUAAUCUGUAUUGUGCCUUAUUGUCAAUAACCUCUCCAGAUGAUCAGACUGUCAAUCCAUGGUCUGCUUGGGGAAGCUGCCUACAAAUUAUAUUAUCAAAACAAGUAUUUCAUACGGUCUACAUUUCUUAGACAUUUCUGGAUCUAUGGAUUUCAAAUUGUAUCUGCUGCCUACAUCAGCCUUAUACACUCCAGCUUGUGUCUUUUUUUGUUGUGGUGAUUUUCUAAUUUUAGCCAGUAGGAUUGGACUGUUGUGUGUUGAUAUUACAUAUUAAGACCUUCCAAUAAUGUUAGUUCAUGCAUGGUUUGUAGUUCUAGUGCCAAAGAUUAAGCUCAAUAUUAUCUCACUACUGAGUAUUUUGAUCCUGGUAUUGACUAACCAGAAUGAUAAACAGGAAAUGGGUUUUUUUACUCAUGUUUGAUUAACAAUUAAUUUUGUUAUGAGUUGAACUUUUAUGCAGUUAUUUUAUACAAUGUAUUUAAUCAAUGGAAAUGCUGUAUUUUUUUUAUUUAAUCAACCAAGCAGUCAAUUCAAGUCAAUUAUGGUCAUGUAUCUUUCAACAGCAGCUAAUUAAUCCCCAUAUCUUACUCAGUUCUGUAUUGCACUUGAUUUGAACACUAAAUAAAAAUAAACAUUUCAGAAGCAGCUCAAAGUCUCUUGAUGUCUUUGUGUCAUCUGUGUGUGGUGUGUGUCGCAGCAGCCUGCUGAAGGGGGAGGCACGUGUGUGUGUUGCUUAUCACAGCAGAAGACACACUCUCCAUCUGACUCAUUAGGGCUUGUACGUGCAUCACAGGCAGACCCUAGUCACCUCUCUUCCAGUUCUCCCAUCUUCUCACAUCCUCUCCUGCUGUGCUCCCCAUCUCCCAUCUGCCUCACACAAGCUGUGGGACUGGCCUUGGUCAAUAUGCUAUGGAAACCAAAUGAUGCUUGUCCCACCACAACUUCAUCUGUCCUUUCCCAACUUUCUGCUAACAUUGCACAAACCAUGUGUUUAUCAGCUGUUCUGUGGUCUUGUGACCUCAUUGUGUGAGUGGGUGUAUGAUGGAGUCUGUUGGAUUUGGGCGAAAGUUUACAGUUGAAGUGAAAGAGCUGACUGGCCAUUGUCAUGGGGUUAUGUGUUCUCUCCAUGGGAACUCUCUGUGAGUUCUCACAGGACAUGUCUGUAGUGUUCAUGUUGCCUCACUGUACUGUGAACAAGGGUCAGGGGUUGUUAUGGGGAUAGAUGUAUUGAUUGUGAAAUGAAGUGACCUGUCAUACAAAAACUCACUAUUUCUAACAUAUUUUCUAUCCCAUCAUUUGAAAUGGACUAUAGUUAGGCAUUUAAUAGUAUUAUUUAGAAAUUAAUAAAGAUAACUUAGGAUAAUUUGUAUCUUUAGAACACCUCUCCAAACAAAGCACCUUAGAAUAAUUUGAUCAGUGUGUUGAUGAACAUUGUCUCACGAAGCCACUGUUGUCCUUGUUUCAGGUGUAUUUCUCAGAGGAGAGCCUGAGCACUCUGAAGCUGGACGACAACGACAAAGGAGACAGCCGGUCGAAGGGAGCCAGGAAGCCACUGACCACAUUCAAGGCCCCUCUGCUACACGUUAGGUAUUCAACCCAACCUUCUCAGAACUCCCUCUCUUAGUAUCCCUCUCUUAGUCCUCUUCCUGAAUAUCAAAUCAACCCCUAGCCCCUACUCGCAAGGCACUCCUGUAUCUCUGAAAGGAUCAAAGAGGUGUAAGAAAUAUGGUAGUUCUUUCACCUUGCCUUCUGGGUGGAAUUUUCAACCAAUUGUUUAUCCAGUAGUUGCAGAUGUACAAGAGUUUCUAGGAAGUCGGAAGAGACUAGGGUUUGAUUUGGAAUUCAGCAUAUCUCUCAGCUGCACUCAAGGCUUAAAGAAUAGCCGGACUGGUAGCACAGUGACUAGGCUAUAGCCAAUCCAUGUCCACAUGCUGGAUUUGAAGGGGUUGUAGAGCUUAGGGUGAAUGUGUUGUUGACACGCAAGCCCAGCGCCAGAUAUCGAUACGUUUGUAUCUGGAUGGAUCGAUUGAUCUUGUAUUAUCUAAACAGAAAUAAAGGAUGCCUGAGAUCAAUUGUGCAUUGACUGGAAGUCAGUUACUGCAGUUAAUUACUGUGCAGUAAUAAUCAAUGGAAUUAAUUGAUCACACAGAUGAUUACUGCCCAUAUUGACCAAGGAACAGCCAGUAGUCCCAUCAUGCAAAUUGGAUGUCCUAAUGAAUGUUGCAGUAGGGAUCAAGGGACACUUUUGUGCAAAACAUAGUUCAAGGUCAUUCUGUUACCUAAUUGUAGUCUUUAGUGAUGAAGCUGAUACAGUGGGGAAAAAAGUAUUUAGUCAGCCACCAAUUGUGCAAGUUCUCCCACUUAAAAAGAUGAGAGGCCUGUAAUUUUUGUCAUAAGUACACGUCAACUAUGACAGACAAAAUGAGAAAAAAAAAUCCAGAAAAUCACAUUGUAGGAUUUUUUAUGAAUUUAUUUGCAAAUUAUGGUGGAAAAUAAGUAUUUGGUCAAUAACAAAAGUUUCUCAAUACUUUGUUAUAUACCCUUUGUUGGCAAUGACACAGGUCAAACGUUUUCUGUAAGUCUUCAAGGUUUUCACACACUGUUGCUGGUACAGUGGAGAGAACAAGUAUUUGAUACACUGCCGAUUUUGCAGGUUUUCCUACUUACAAAGCAUGUAGAGGUCUGUAAUUUUUAUCAUAGGUACACUUCAACUGUGAGAGACGGAAUCUAAAACAAAAAUCCAGAAAAUCACAUUGUAUGAUUUUUAAGUAAUUAAUUUGCAUUUUAUUGCAUGACAUAAGUAUUUGAUACAUCAGAAAAGCAGAACUUAAUAUUUGGUACAGAAACCUUUGUUUGCAAUUACAAAGAUCAUACGUUUCCUGUAGGUCUUGACCAGGUUUGCACACACUGCAGCAGGGAUUUUGGCCCACUCCUCCAUACAGACCUUCUCCAGAUCUUUCAGGUUUCGGGGCUGUCGCUGGGCAAUACGGACUUUCAGCUCCCUCCAAAGAUGUUCUAUUGGGUUCAGGUCUGGAGACUGGCUAGGCCACUCCAGGACCUUGAGAUGCUUCUUACGGAGCCACUCCUUAGUUGCCCUGGCUGUGUGUUUCGGGUCGUUGUCAUGCUGGAAGACCCAGCCACGACCCCAUCUUCAAUGCUCUUACUGAGGGAAGGAGGUUGUUGGCCAAGAUCUCGCGAUACAUGGCCCCAUCCAUCCUCCCCUCAAUACGGUGCAGUCGUCCUGUCCCCUUUGCAGAAAAGCAUCCCCAAAGAAUGAUGUUUCCACCUCCAUGCUUCACGGUUGAGAUGGUGUUCUUGGGGUUGUACUCAUCCUUCUUCUUCCUCCAAACACUGCGAGUGGAGUUUAGACCAAAAAGCUCUAUUUUUGUCUCAUCAGACCACAUGACCUUCUCCCAUUCCUCCUCUGGAUCAUCCAGAUGGUCAUUGGCAAACUUCAGACGCGCCUGGACAUGCGCUGGCUUGAGCAGGGGGACCUUGCGUGCGCUGCAGGAUUUUAAUCCAUGACAGCGUAGUGUGUUACUAGUGGUUUUCUUUGAGACUGUGGUCCCAGCUCUCUUCAGGUCAUUGACCAGGUCCUGCCGUGUAGUUCUGGGCUGAUCCCUCACCUUCCUCAUGAUCAUUGAUGCCCCACGAGGUGAGAUCUUGCAUGGAGCCCCAGACCAAGGGUGAUUGACCGUCAUCUUGAACUUCUUCCAUUUUCUAAUAAUUGCGCCAACAGUUGUUGCCUUCUCACCAAGCUGAUUGCCUAUUGUCCUGUAGCCCAUCCCAGCCUUGUGCAGGUCUACAAUUCUAUCCCUGAUGUCCUUACACAGCUCUCUGGUCUUGGCCUUUGUGGAGAGGUUGGUGUCUGUUUGAUUGAGUGUGUGGACAGGUGUCUUUUAUACAGGUAACGAGUUCAAACAGGUGCAAUUAAUACAGGUAAUGAGUGGAGAACAGGAGGGCUUCUUAAAGAAAAACUAACAGGUCUGUGAGAGCCGGAAUUCUUACUGGUUGGUAGGUGAUCAAAUACUUAAGUCAUGCAAUAAAAUGCAAAUUAAUUACUUAAAAAUCAUACAAUGUAAUUUUCUGGAUUUUUGUUUUAGAUUCCGUCUCUCACAGUUGAAGUGUACCUAUGAUAACAAUUACAGACCUCUACAUGCUUUGUAAGUAGUAAAACCUGCAAAAUCGGCAGUGUAUCAAAUACUUGUUCUCCCCACUGUAUUUUGGCCCAUUCCUCCAUGCAGAUCUCCUCUAGAGCAGUGAUGUUUUGGGGCUGUCGCUGGGCAACACGGACUUUCAACUCCCUCCAAAGAUUUUCUAUGGGGUUGAGAUCUGGAGACUGGCUAGGCCACUCCAGGACCUUGAAAUGCUUCUUACUAAGCCACUCCUUCGUUGCCCGGGCGGUGUGUUUGGGAUCAUUGUCAUGCUGAAAGACCCAGCCACGUUUCAUCUUCAAUGCCCUUGCUGAUGGAAGGAGGUUUUCACUCAAAAUCUCACGAUACAUGGCCCCAUUCAUUCUUUCCUUUACACGGAUCAGUCGUCCUGGUCCCUUUGCAGAAAAACAGCCCCAAAGCAUGAUGUUUCCACCCCCAUGCUUCACAGUAGGUAUGGUGUUCUUUGGAUGCAACUCAGCAUUCUUUGUCCUCCAAACACGACGAGUUGAGUUUUUACCAAAAAGUUCUAUUUUGGUUUCAUCUGACCACAUGACAUUCUCCCAAUCCUCUUCUUGAUCAUCCAAAUGCACUCUAGCAAACUUCAGACGGGCCUGGACAUGUACUGGCUUAAGCAGGGGGACACGUCUGGCACUGCAGGAUUUGAGUCCCUGGCGGCAUAGUGUGUUACUGAUGGUAGGCUUUGUUACUUUGGUCCCAGCUCUCUGCAGGUCAUUCACUAGGUCCCCCCGUGUGGUUCUGGGAUUUUUGCUCACCGUUCUUGUAAUCAUUUUGACCCCACGGGGUGAGAUCUUGCGUGGAGCCCCAGAUCGAGGGAGAUUAUCAGUGGUCUUGUAUGUCUUCCAUUUCCUAAUAAUUGCUCCCACAGUUGAUUUCUUCAAACCAAGCUGCUUACCUAUUGCAGAUUCAGUCUUCCCAGCCUGGUGCAGGUCUACAAUUUUGUUUCUGGUGUCCUUUGACAGCUCUUUGGUCUUGGCCAUAGUGGAGUUUGGAGUGUGACUGUUUGAGGUUGUGGACAGGUGUCUUUUAUACUGAUAACAAGUUCAAACAGGUGCCAUUAAUACAGGUAACGAGUGGAGGACAGAGGAGCCUCUUAAAGAAGAAGUUACAGGUCUGUGAGAGCCAGAAAUCUUGCUUGUUUGUAGGUGACCAAAUACUUAUUUUCCACCAUAAUUUGCAAAUAAAUUAAUAAAAAAUCCUACAAUGUGAUUUUCUGGAUUUUUUUUUUCUCAAUUUGUCUGUCAUAGUUGACGUGUACCUAUGAUGAAAAUUACAGGCCUCAUCUUUUUAAGUGGGAGAACUUGCACAAUUGGUGGCUGACUAAAUACUUUUUCCCCCCACUGUAUAUAUAUAUAUUGUAUAUUCUUAUAAACACAAGAACAUUCAUCACUGAACCGUACCAUUCAAGGCCGGGGCGAUGGUUGUGGUCUUUUGUUUGGCUGGCUUAGCCGUAACCAGAGGGAAAGGCUUCAAGAUGGAUGCCAUGUCUCCCUGCUUCAGGUCUAUGGGCAUAUCUGAGGACAGAGGGGAGAGAACACAGCUCAGUCAUGUAAGCUACAGAUACAGUUGUGAUCAUCUGCUACGGCCUCACCCAGCCAGGUGUAUCUCUGUUGGUUUUCCUGCUGAGGGAAAAUAUAUUAAAUAUGUGCGUUGCAUAAUUGUGUUGUUCAUAAAAAAUCCUACAAUGUGAUUUUGUGGAGAAAAAAAAUCUCAAUUUGUCUGUCAUAGUUGAUGUGUACCUAUGAUGAAAAUUACAGGCCUCUCUCAUCUUUUUAAGUGGGAGAACUUGCACAAUUGGUGGCUGACUAAAUACUUUUUUUCCCCACUGUAUAUCCCUUUACCCUGAGGUUGAUUAUAGACCGGCAUUCUUCAGGCUUCUAUUUACAUUUUAAGAACGUUCUCAUUACUAAUCAUUUAAAAAAAUAUAUAUUGAUCUAAAGCGUGUUGUGUGGGGUGCCAUUAGGUUCAGAUUGUUUUCAGGUACAGUACUUGAGAGCUGCCUCCAUAGAUGGGUAUUCCGAUGUUAAAUUAAAUCAAUCCUAUGUUCCUGAGUCAUUUCCGUCCAGUUCAGUUUUUUGGAGAGCCGACUCUUUGAUGUGAGAUUUGUCACAGCUACGGGCUACGUAUUAGAGUGAUAAAAAGAUUUAUAUGAGCCUUAAAUGCAAUUAUGUCUCUGAGCUGUGUUAGCCCUGAUUCCAGUGAGUCCACGAGGAAGGCAGAACUAGAGCUGGAGGGGCGGAAGAGGGGAGGCUUUGAUCUGCACAAUGUGUUUGUCAAAAGGUUUCCUGCAGUCUAGAGAAUCAUUCCGGGCUCAGGGGAGUAAUGGGCUCCUCACAACACUUUACUGGGGCAAUGAACAAACACAGGAGGAUGUGGAAGGGAAGGAAGUUGGAACAAUCCGUUGUUUAGAGGAGAUGAAGCCUAAGGAAUGUACAGCGAGACUUAGUAUACACUAUACAGGAAUUUUUAUCCUGUUGGCCAUUUCACUGAGUUUUCAGUAGGUACUGUAGCAGGCCAGCAGCAGUCCACAGCACAGUGUGGAGAAGUGUUCACUGAGGCUGAAUUAUCAAAUUACAGAAUUAUCCCUUAAACCUGAGCCUGUUGAGGCGAGGGGGUGGGGGGGGGCUAUUAGGGGCAGGAAGGGGGAUUGGGUGCGCUGAGUGUUGGAAAGCGAAUUAGAGCGCCUCGUGGCUACUUUCUCAGGCCAUGGAUUUUUCCUCUGCUGCUCCAGAUUUCACAGCUUUGAUGCCAGAUCACAGAUGUUUUCACCCUAGACCUGGGUAAUAAUGUGGUUUAAUUCUCCAUGUUCCCAAUGGGUUCAGCUACGGCUGAUAGGCUUGAGCCAGCCUAGUACCCAGGGGCCUGACAGACAGCUCCAUAUGGGUUAGGUGGAGACACAGCACAUCGGAGACUGAGGGUUUGGCUCAGGAAACAUACAGUCAGUCAGGGGCUAUUUCUUUGCAAUGAAUUUUUUAUUUAUUUUUUUAGAACAUGUUGACGUCAAUUGAGUCGGAUAAAUGGCAAAUACACACACACUGAUUUCAGCAUCAAUGUAGUGUACAAGGCUUUUUGUUUAUUUAAAGGAGAGAAAAAAAACAUGCAAGCACAGAUGGACAUAAUCUGCCAUGUGUUAGCUAGAAUACUGAGCUAGAUGGUGAUACAGCAGCUGUUUAGUAAAUGUGUAACAAUGGAAGCUAACAGAAUCUACAAGUCCCUGGGUAAUCAUACUGCAAUCACUCUCAGGAAGCAACAUCUAAGCUCACAAAGCUUUGCCAAACAGAUCGAUAAAGCUAAGAUAUCACGAAGAGAACAACAAAGCACGCUGUAAAGCAAGACUUCUAACAGAUGUAUUGGGUUGGUUUGAACACCAGAUAGCCAUUGUGGCCGAUGCCUUUGUAAAGAAAAAUACAUUUGUUUAUUACGUUAGUCACAAAUUCAAUCGUAGCCGGUCGCCUUGUCAUCAUGUAGCCUGUGCUGUUUCUCUUCUGAAAUGGAACGUAUUUUCUCCCUUUUUUCCAGUCCAGCAGAGGAGCUGAGCUUUGGCUCCAAAGAGUCAGACAGGAAGUGUCUUAUCAUCCUCGAUAAUGUGUCCAAGAAUCAAGUGGCCUUCAAGGUACGUCCAUGCCCCUGUGUGUGCAAGCGUGCCCCUCUCUCUCUGUGUGUGUGUGUGUGUGUGUGUGUGUGUGUGUGUGUGUGUGAAGCUGACUUGAUGGUGUCUCCCUCCACAGGUACGAACCACAGCACCUGAGAAGUACAGAGUGAAGCCCAGCAACAGCAGCUGUGAACCGGGCGCUUCUGUGGAUAUAGUGGUGUCCUUACAUGGAGGUAGAGUACUGCACUUCUCUCUCCCACUCUCUCUCUCCACCCACUCCUCUUAUCUACUUUUUCCUUCGGAUGUUUCCAGAUACACCAGAAGAAACUUCAGAAUAAUCAAAAGGUCCAGUCUGAGUCUAAUAUCUUUGGAAAGUGCUGACAGAGUGCAGCUUUCUUUUGCCCGACAUACAUAUUUUAAGAGUGAUAAAAUAAUAAUCUCUUAUCUUCCCCUAAGCCGAGCCUUUCAGAAAUCUAACGGCGGGUAAAUAAAGAAACUUUAUUGAGCCAGUCUCAGUACUCUGUGGAAGGCUGAAACCCCUAAGGUCAAUGUUUUCCUCUUGAUCACUUGAGACCAACAUUGAGUAGGGUUGCAGGGACUUGGCUGAUAAGACGUUCAGAGGCCUUCAAGCAUGGAAAUGUCAGUCAUGGCUUCUGAUGUGCAAGAUAUGGGUUUUUUGAAGAAUAUAAUUCUGGCACUAUUCCAAAGUUUGAGGGUUUUCUCUCUGGGUUUAACUUUAAAACUUGUUAAUUCAAUUUUCGGGAGCCACCAUCUAUCGCCCAUGUCUUGUUCAUUUGUUCGAGUCUAGUGGAUAAGAACCCUUACUUUUUCUGUUCACAGCUGUGUCAGAGUCAGCUCUUUCAGUUCUAUCUUCUGAUUAUUUGAUGCUGACAGCAGUGGGGUUUAAACUGUAUCCUUUGUACAGAUGAUCCCAUCCAAAUGUAGGAAUCUAGAUACAUAAACUGAACAAUAUACAGCGAUAAAAAAUUAUUCAGAGUUCAAUGUGUGCCAUGGAUGUGUUUGUGCAGGCUACCAGGCGUCUCUGCAGGACCGCUUCCUGGUUAUGGCUGCAGAGAUGGAGCAGAACGUUGGUGCUGGAUCACCAGAGCUCGCUCAGUUCUGGAAGGACGUGCCCAAAACCAAGAUGAUGGAGCACAGGUACAUCAUCAUCAAUGCCUCAUCAUAGAUGGGAAUAUACGCUGAGUGUACAAAACAUUAAGAACACCUGCUCUUUCCAUGACAUAGACUGACCAGAUGAAUCGAGGUGAAAGCUAUGAUCCCUUAUUGAUGUCACUUGUUAAAUACACUUCAAUCAGUGUAGAUGAAGGCGAGGAGACAGGUUAAAGAAGGAUUUUUAAGCCUUGAGACAAUCGAGACAUGGAUUGUGUAUGUGUGCCAUUCAGAGGGUGAAUGGGCAAGACAAAAGAUUGAAGUGCCUUUGAACAGGAUAUGAUAGUAGGUACCAGGCGCACCGGUUUGUGUCAAAAACUGCAACGCUGCUGGGGUUUUCACGCUCAACAGUUUCCCGUCUGUAUCAAGAAUUGUCCAUCACCUAAAGGACAUCCAGCCAACUUGACACAACUGUGGGAAGCAUUGGAGUCAACAUGUACAGUCCAUUCUCCGACUAAUUUAGGCUGUUCUGAGGGCAAAAGGGGGUGGUGCAACUCAAUAUUAGGAAGGUGUUCCUAAUGUUUGGUAUACUGAGUGUAUGUAAAUGAGUAAAGCAAUUCCUGUUCAGCCAAAGGGCAAGCAGUCGUUAAUAUGCCACCAUCAACAUCUAUAAUGACCUCAAGAGAACUUUAAUUCACUAAACCCAUCGUGGUCUUGCAGUGUACAGCACAGAUUGCCUCAGCAUGGCUGGGGUAUGUCAAUGACCUAGCAGGCUGAUAAUCCCCUCUCCUCAGUCUUCCCUGAUGUGACCAAUUACGUAUAUAAACCCUGGAUUGCUGAUGCUAUGUAUUGGCCAUUGAGAGGCUUUGAAGCCAGCGGUCAACGAUAUGGGCACUCCCUAGUAGGAGCAGUCUUCCAUAGGAAUUAAUGGUUCAAUUAAAAGGAUAAAAUUACAUGUAUUUAGAGCUGCAAUGUGUAACUUUUUGGUCGACCCGACCAAAUUCACAUAUAAAUAGCUCUGUCAUUCUCAUUGAAAGGAAGUCUAAGAAGUGGUAGAUCUGUUCUAUGCGAGCUAUUUCUAUGUUUCACGUUCUUAAGUUUCGUUUUUGUGUCUUUUACUUUCGGUUUUGUACACCAGCUUCAAACAGCUGAAAAUACAAUAUUUUUGAUUAUGGAAAUAUAUUUCACAGCAGUUUAGAUGGUACAGUGAUUCUCUACACUAUGCUUGCUUGUUUUGUCACGUAAACUGAAAUUAAGUGAACUAUUAGAAUUUUAGCAACCAGGAAAUGGCGGAGCGAUUUCUGCAUAGUGCAUCUUUAAGUAUUUUGUUGUUGUAGUCGGGACAGUAACAUUAGUACUCUAAAAAAAACACUUGAAGGAACAUGUUUUUAUAUAUUUUUUUAUUUUAAUGUUUAACUCACAUAAUAUAAUAAAAAAUUAUGCAUUAAAGCAAGGGUGUCAAACUCAUUUCACGGAGGGCCGAGUGUCUGCGUGCUUUUGUUUUUCCUUUCAAUUAACACCUAGACAACCAUGUGAGGGUAGUUCCAUACUAAUUAGUGAGUGACCUUAAUUCAUCAAUGGGUAGUACAAGGGUGGAACGAAUACCCGCAGACACUCGGCCCUCUGUGGAAUGAGUUUGACUCGCGCAUUAAGAUGUCUGUAAUAGAAUAAACAUGUCAAAAACGAAUGUAGACAUUAAUAAAUGCAUUUCUAUAGUGUCCAAAAUAUUUUUUUUACAUUUGAGGAGUACCACCAAGAUGGCUGCGCAGUGGCUUCAAUACAGCGCCCCCUGUCAGUCAUCUAGGAUUUAUACACAUUAUUGGACGUGACUGUAUCCUGUCCUUCCUGUAGAUUACAAUGUCACGUCCUGGAGAGCACUAAGCCCAUUCUGACCUGUGGCAGUGACAGCCCCAUUGAAGGAGGAGCCAAUGGCCACCCGGACCUGCACACAACGGUGAGCUCUCCACUCCUCUUGGAUGAUGCUCCUCCACCCACUAGAAUACAUGAACCUAUAUAUUAACCUAUGUACAGUAUUUACUGUAUUUUAACUUUGAUUGACUUUGUUUAUCUUCUUUUUUUUCCUCUUUUUUUUGUACACUAUUACAACCAUUAUACAUUUUAGUGGUGUCAAAUUGAUAUGGGAGACUGAAAAGUGAAUACAUUAGUAAGAUGAAGUAACCCAAUGCUCUCCUCUGCAGCUGAUGCGUGUGAUGGUGUGUAACGUCCGGCUGGAGCAGAAGCUGGACCAGUAUCUGUGGUUCCAGCAGGUUCUGAUUGGUCUGGUGCUAGUCGUCAUGAUGUUCAGCUUCCUGUGUCUCUACAACCUUCCUGGGACUUCCUGA